AUGAAAUUUAUUUUAUUAGAUUUUGUUCAACACGAUCAAGUUAAAAUUGAAUUAAUUAAACAAAAUGCACUUCCUUUAUUAAUAAAAUGUGUUAUUGAAAUUCGAUUUGAUCCAAUAAAUGUUCAACAAAUAGCUUUAGAAAUUCUUCUUGCUCUUGCAUUUGAUAAUAAUGCUUUAGAAGUUUUAAAACAAAAUGAAAUUUUUAUGAAUCAUAUUCAAAUCUUAAGUAAUAAUUCAAAUUCAACAACAAUAAGUUUACAACGAGCAGCUGAAAGACUUCUUUGGAAAUUAGAAAAAGAAGAAAAAUGUAUUAAUAAAUCAAUUGUUUCUAAUAAUAAAUAUAAAUAUGAUAUAAUGAUAAGUUAUUCACAUAAAGAUAAAGAUUUAUGUUUUCAAAUUCAUGAACAAUUAAUUAAAGAUGGAUAUUCUGUAUGGAUUGAUAAAGAUUGUUUACGUGGGUCAACAAUGAUUGGUAUAGCAAAUGCGAUUGAAAAUUCUCAUAAUGUACUUAUUUGUAUGUCAAAUAUGUAUAAACAAAGUGUUUAUUGUCAAUCGGAAGCACAUUAUGCAUUUGAACGUGGUUGUCGUCUUAUUCCAAUUAUUUUAGAAUCAAAUUAUCAACCUGAUGGAUGGCUUGGAAUUCUUGUUAGUGGAAAAAUUUAUGUUAAUUUUACUAAUCAAGAAUUUGCAUUAGCGUAUGAAAAAUUAAAAAAUGAAAUAAAUCAUUAUCAACAUCAAAAUUUCAAUAUAUUAUCAAAUAUCAAUGAGUCAAAUGAAAUUAUUUUCAGCAAUACGAAACAACAUCAAUUAAAUUUUCAAUCAGAUUUACCUAAAUGUAUUAUUGAGUGGAGUUGUGAUGAUGUGAAAUUAUUUUUUAUGAAAAUCAAAUUGGAUAAAACAAUUCAUCUUCUAUGUACACAUAUGGAUGGUCAUCGUCUUCUUGAAUUAUAUGAAAUGUGUCUUAUAAAUCGUGAAUCAAUGUAUCAAUCACUAAAAUUUGAACUGAAUGAAACAUAUCAUACAUUAUUAUUAAUUUCUGAUUAUCUUACAUUUCUUCAUGAAAUUAAAUUCUAUGUUCCAUUAACUUCGACAAAUAUUCAAGCUACACAAUCUUCUAGACUUUCAAUUACAUUUUGUAAUGUUUUGUAA